GCGGUUGCGGAUGGGUUAUUAGCCAUUGCGGGUGAACGAACACCUGACCCGCGCACCACUAGUAGCCUACAUGUAUACAUUAAUAGCUACAAGGGGACAACAUUUUUCCUGGAAAGAGAACCUUAGAUGUCCCCACGCCUCCCGUGUCCAGUGUACUCAGCACCACCUCCCCUCAGAGCAACGUGACAGGAUACCGGAUGACUGUGCCUGUGGGGCUUGCUUUCAAUCAUCAUUUAGAUAAACAAGCCCUGCUGCUGGUCCUACAGACAAUAUAGAUCUACCGAUGAGGUAGCAGAAUCGGCUAAGACAAGUUUGUUACAUACAUAUUCUAGAGUAAUAAUGGCAACAGUUAAACCAGAUGACAGACUGACAAGAUCUCAGGGCUUCAUGUGCGUUGGUUUUGCGGGAGUUUUCAGUAAAACUGUUACGUCGCCCCUGGAGGUGGUGAAAAUUAAGAGUCAAGUGGGCACAUUUCACUGUAAAAAAGGCUUUCUCCACAGCUUUCUUUUUGUCUACCAGAAUGAAGGCAUACGAGGAUUUUGGAAAGGGAACCUCGUCUCCUGUCUCCGCCUGUUUCCUUACAGUGCCGUCCAUUUGGCAACAUACAAACAGAUCGUCCACCUCCACAUGGAUGAAUUGGGCUACAUCUCUCAGUGGAGGGCAAUUUUUGCUGGUGGGCUAGCUGGUAUAAGUGCUGCGCUGGCCACGUACCCUCUGGAGGUGGCAGAGACUCGCCUCAUAGCUCAGAACUGCAGAGAGCCUACCUACAGGGGGGUGGUCCACACGCUUUCUAAGAUAUACCAGACCGAAGGCCUUCGAGCACUCUACAGGGGCUUCUCUCUCACAAUCCUAGGUGCAUUUCCCUUCUCUAUUGGUUGCUAUGCAGUCUACAUCAACUUGGACAAGCUGUGGCGGGAGCCCCAAUUCCGGUUCACUCCCCUACAGAACUUCAUCAAUGGCUGCAUAGCUGCAGGAGUGGCCCAAACCCUCUCCUACCCCUUUGAAACUGUGAAAAGGAAAAUGCAGGCCCAGAAUCCUCGCCUCCCCCAUUAUGGCGGCGCUGAUGUCCACUUCACUGGAAUGCUGGACUGCUUCAGGCAGGUGAUCAGAAGCAAGGGCAUCCUGACACUGUGGAGUGGCAUCACAGCUAACAUGGUCAAGAUUGUCCCCUACUUUGGCCUUCUCUUCAGCUGCUUUGAGAUGUGCAAGCAGGUCUGUCUGUACCGCAACGGGUACAUUGUGUCUCCAUUGAGCUAUAAGUUGGCACCAGGCGUGGACCAGAGCAUGGGCCCUACUGAGGUGGAAGAGGUGAAGCGGUACCUGAAGAAUAGGAACUUUCAGUCACAGCAAGGAAGUCGCUGGUGAAACUGGUGUAACAACAAAUCCUGCACAAGGGGAUGAUGACCAUUAGUAUAGGAAAGUGUCUGAACUAUCAAAAAGAGUCAGGAAUAUUUGUUGGAAUUCAAUACUUUGAAGAUGACAAUUUGGUUGAUGUCAGGUCUGAUUUCAGAAUCAGAGGUACAUCUAUUGAUAGACAUUAAUCAUGCUGUAUUGUAUUUUAAAGUUGCAAUGCAAUCAUAGGAAUUGCACUUUUAUACUUGACACAUGGAAUAUUUUUUUUACUGUAUGUUCAGAGCAAGGUUAUGGUAUUUUCUAACGUUGUUAUACAGUUUUUUUUUACUGUAUUUAAUACUAUUCCACUCAUUCCGCUCCAGCCAUUACCAGGAGCCCGUCUUCCCCCAUGAAGGUGCCACCAACCUUCUGUGUAAUAUGGUCUUGGCCUUACAUAAAGGUCAUGAAGUGGAACACAAAACACACACCUGUUAUAAGAUGACAUUAGCUUACUAAUGCCAAUUAAUGCUUUUCAUUAUGUUCAUUCUGUUAUCAUUACUAUUUUAACAGACUUGGGUAUAUCAUAUUUAUGUGCCUUAAGGUUUCCUUAUUUAUUAUAAGGCUUAUUUCACUGACUGUUUUAAUUAUGCCUGGUAGUUAUGUAAUUAUUCACACAAAGGAUCUGAUUGAGUCCCAGCCACUAAUCAGUCACUAACUUUCAUAGCACAUACUGUAUGUAUCAUUGUGUGUUGUGAAUCUAGCAAUAAGAUUGUAACUGAAGCACACCAAUGUGCUUCACCAAUGUGCAGGUUAGGUGUAUACGGUAUGUAAUACAUUUGAUUGAUGAAACUA